AUGCGUGCGGAAGAAACCAUCGUGUCCCUCGGCGCGGUGUGCAUCAGCCUGUACCAGUGCCAACCCGUCACUGCUUCAGGGAGUAGGUGCUUCUAUGGCAAGGCGAAUGACUACCGGGGCGAUGUUCUGGUGCCUUUUUACAGGGGCAGCAUGACGUACGGGGAACUUGCAGAGGGGGUGGAAUACCGUCUUAACCAGUACUUUGUUCUGCAUCCCUCAGCCGCGCGUCCGCAGAAGUCUGCAAAAAUGUCUGCGCAAGCUGCUUCUCCGUAUGCACUGGGCGGUGGGGGUGGCGUUUGCAGGAGUGACACAGCCGACGGCGGCAGUGGUUUCAAUGGAUCGUAUGUAUGCCCUCGCUGCGACGGAGGUGAUGGCCCCGGGAGAGAAGCAAUCGCCCAAAUGCCACAAGGCACAUUUGGAGAGUUCCCGAGGAUCGUGGUGCGCAACUUCACAAGAAUGCGGGACCCUGCUCCUGGAGAUAGCAAUGCGGUUUACGAAGCCGUCGAAGACACAUUUGAGGUAACCGAGAAUAACCUCUGCUGCUUCUUUUACUACGUGAAAGAGAAGUGCAGCAAAACCACCACACCCGUUCUCCUGAAGGAUGGUACUAUCAAGCGCCCACUGAUUGGCCGAGAUCACGUGCGCUCAUACGCCUCUGACAACGCCUUUGCUCACUCCGGGAAGGUGCAGCAACACAUUGAGUUGAAGGUAGGCGAGCGCUUGCUUCGCAUCGGCACCUCCGCCGAACAACGUUUUGAAGACGUCUUUCAGCGCCUUAAAAAGCGAAAUCUUCGGGUGCAGCGUCUCUUUGAUGGAGUUACUGGGGCUAGCAUCUUGCCCUGUGAACUCGUGCGCCAUCUAAGUUGGAGGCUGUCGGCGCUUUGUGCCGAAGUUGCUCUUCCAGAAUCAACGGGCGCUGGCAUGAAGCGACAACGCUCCGCCGCGGUCGAGGAAGGGAAUGAGGCAGACAUGGGACCGGGGACGCAGGAGAGGAACGAGGACCCAGACGAGGUGAGGACAUGGAUAAGCCUCUCAGAGGCCCCCACAGGGGCGUAUGGUGGGAGUACGCUGUGCCUAACCUCGGGGUCGCUUACCGGAAGCGUUCAUACAAAUGUGAAGCACAGUGAAGAUCGGCGCUCCUGGCACUAUGAACAACUGCUGCAUAAAACGACUUUUGGCUUUGACGAGGAUGAAGACACUGUGCCUCUGCUAGACGUCCUCUCACCAGCUCCUCUUGACACUUUUGCUGCUUCAGCCGAGGCGGUGGAGGACAGUACUCCUUUGCGUUCCUUGUAUUUGGACGAUGACUCGUACAUGUCAUCAACGAUGACCGGUGCCGUUAAUGACGUGGGUGGCAGCAGUCUUGCUUUCACCACCCCGCUGCGUGUUGAAAAAGAAAUUUCAAUGCGAGAGAGCGGUGACGGCCCUAGUGCGCGGCGGCGCACGGUGCGACCUGGUUCCGCAGCGUACUCCCCUAUAAUGGUCACUCAACAGUCCCUGCCCGAGUUUCACCUUGAGAACUCCGACGACAGCGACGAGGAUGACGACGAGGAUGAUAACUGA